GGGUUUCACUAACAAAGUAGUUCAACAUUCCAGCGAUGAGUGGCUGUCCAUCCAUGCCUUAAGUAGGAGCCGUGAUUGCUCAUCUUCCACAAGUGGGAAACCAGCCACAGGUGCUGAGGAAGGUUACUUUACAGGGAUGUUGCUGAAAAAGUCACGAGUCACAUUGGUGGAGAGUGAGAUAGUACCUUAUCGCACCACUCAGAUGAUGAGGAACCUGCUUGUCGCUCAGGUGAUCGUCGACGGCCAGAAGCUGUGCCUGAUGACAUCCCACCUUGAGAGCGGUAAGGCAUGUUCUAAAGAGCGUAUGAAUCAGCUGCAUGUGGUGAAGUGGAGGUUUAAACGUGCACCUGAUGAUGUCACCGUUGUGUUUGGGGGAGACACAAACCUGAGGGAUGCGGAGGUGACCAAGGUGGGCCUGCCUGCAACUGUCUGUGAUGUGUGGGAGCGACUGGGCAAGCAGGAGCACUGCUGCUACACAUGGGACACCACUACUAACACCAACCAGAAUAUUUCUACACCUGCUCGCUUCCGCUUUGAUAGAAUCUACCUCCGCCCGGCUAUCAAACGUGGAGUCCCUCGUUUGGCCCCUGAUCACAUGGCCUUGGUGGGCCUGGAGAAGCUGGACUGUGGCCGCUACACUAGUGAUCACUGGGGAAUCUACUGCACCUUCUCAGCUGAAUAGAACUACACAAAACAACCAGAAACAUGACAGUUAAGCAUUUUAUUUUAGAUCAGCUGCUCU